CCACCAUACCACGCACCUUUAUAUAUAUAUACUCUCUUUUUAAUUUGUGUCAAAACCAACACCCCAAAUUAUCAAUAUAUCCAAAAUAAUGAGGCAGCUUCCAUUUGCAGCCCUGCUCAUUGCCACAUUGCUCCUCAUUUCCUCUGUCUCAGCUAUCGAAUCCCCAGCCCCAUCCCCGGCCUCAGGAUUGGGAUGUGAUGGGAAAUGCGAGAAUCGGUGUGCAAGAUCGGGAUGGAAAGAUAGGUGCCUCAAGUAUUGCGGGAUCUGUUGCGGGAAAUGCAACGGCUGUGUGCCAUCCAGUCCUUAUGCCGAUAAGACUGAAUGCCCUUGUUACCGUGAUCUCAAGAACCCCAAGGGCAAAGACAAGUGUCCUUGAUUUAUAAGAAUAUUAAUUAAUUGUUUAACGAACAAUAUUUAUGUUUUUAGUUACUGCCUAUAUAUCGUGGAGAGUGAUCGAUGUUUCAAAUUUAAUCGAUUUCAGAUAAUAUUCCAGAGUAUAAUUUUAAAAUUUAAA